UGGAUGGUUGAACUAUGCUUUCAGUUCGAAAACGUUUAUUCACGAUCAAUGAACCAGUCUGCGAUUAAUAGGACUCAGAAUAGUUAAGCUGCGGUUUCAAACGCCAAAAUUGACAUAAAAAUGUCGAAAACUGUCAUUUCUCCGAGUAGAAACUGCCCGCAUGUGAUCUCAACCGACCCUGGAGUAGUUUCGAAUAUUCUAGACGGUUCUGAGACUGUUAAAAACCAGUCAAAUCGAUGCGUGGACUGUGGAAAACAGACUGUUAAUUUGUGGCGCUGUUUGCAACUGGAAUGUGCAUUUGUCGGUUGCGGAGAAAAGUACAAAGAUCACAGUCAGUCACAUGCUCAGCAAAACUCGCAUCCACUUAUGAUCAACUUGGGAACCAAGCGCGUCUGGUGUAUACUAUGCAAAUUUGAAGUACACCUUCAGCAAUUACAGAACAGCUCGCGUGAUGUUGCAAAAGGAGUAAUGCCAAGGACACAGAAAGGGAAGCAGUCUCCCAUCUCGGUUGCAACCGAGACAUCGUUGCAGUCAAAUGUCAAAAUCAAGAGUCCUCUGAGCACAUUGACAAGAGAUAGUCAGCAUUUAUUCUCCCAAAACGUAUAUGGCGUCGGCGUUGACGAAGAAUCUGCCGGCUCUGCUGACGACAAUUCGAGCGAAUCCAGUGGAUCUUGCAAAUCAUUCCCAGUCUCAAACCCAGUCGGAUUAACUGGUCUCAAGAAUCUAGGCAACACCUGUUACCUGAACUCAGCUGUACAGGCUUUGUCUGCUUGUACGCCUUUGACAAAUUUUUUUCUGACCGCGUAUGCUCCGACGGGUGAUGAGAAACCGCCGAUUGCGAAGUAUUACCAUCAGGUGCUGAGCGAUAUUUGGAGCGAAAAGAAGCCUAGCUUCGUCAUUCCGAGUACUUUCGUGCAGGGCUUUAAGACGGUGAAUCCGGCGUUCAGAGGAUACAAUCAGCAAGACAGUCAGGAGUUCCUCAGGUGCUUUAUGGACAGGCUUCACGAAGAGCUCAAGAAACCCAUAACAUACCCUGUAUGUCUUUCCUGUAAUGCUACAAUGCACGCACAGUUCUCGGACGGAGGAGGAGGAGGAUCUGCGUCGGGACAUCAGUUCUGUGAACAUUGCUUCCACUCUCUCACAUCCAUGCAGAGAGAUGACCUCGUUUAUGAGUCCUCGAUAAAUAAUGAGGAGCAUUGCGACCCCGUGAGAUCCCCGCUUUCAUCUGGAGGUCAGCUGGCAAGCUCAACAGCAGACUCCGGUUAUUCCGACCAAUCUUUCCUCUCGGCAUCCGCUUCCAACUUGCCCCUCAGGAGGAGUCCCGACCUUUACCAGCAGCAGCUAUCGUCUCCGAACUCACCAGGAACUGCAGACGGAAGGCGUGGAUUGGACAGAAGACGAACUAUAUCAGCAUCGUCAGCGUUGUCGUCUUCAAUGUCAAUCGGAACGAGACAGAAUAAAUCUGCGCCGUCAGCUGUCAGAUACUCCAGUAUCAUCUCGGAAGUGUUCAACGGAAAGAUCCUGAGUUCAGUUCAAUGUCUCCAUUGUCAUCAGACGAGUGAAAUAUCCGAGACAUUCCAAGACCUCUCUCUCCCCAUACCUAAUAAGGAGGAUUUAUAUCUCAUUCAUCAUCAGCCUCAAUUGGUCCAACCAACCGCGAUGGGGUCUGCAGCUAGCUUACUCAAUUCAGCAUACAAUACACAAGGAUGGGUCACCUGGAUUUAUGACUGGAUUAAGAGUAUGUUCUGGGGACCUGUGAUCACCUUGAACGAUUGUUUGGCCGCGUUUUUCUCGGCAGACGAAUUGAAAGGAGAGAACAUGUACAGCUGCGAAAAAUGUCAGAAGUUGCGGAAUGGCCUGAAGGUGUCCAAAGUCCAGGAACUGCCAGAGGUGUUGUGUGUACACCUCAAGAGAUUCAGACACGAGUACCUGUUGAGCUCCAAAGUGUCCACUUAUGUCUCAUUUCCAAUGGAGGGACUAUCUCUGGCUCCCUUUCUAAGUGACCAGAAUCAACCGGCUAUGUAUGACCUCGUGGCCACUAUUUGUCACUACGGAUACGCUUCAGGCGGCCAUUAUACGGCGUAUGCUCUGAAUGAGUUGAACAAGUGUUGGUACGAAUACGACGAUCAGAUUGUGACUCAAGUGUCAGCGUCUCAGAUUCAGAAGGCUGAAGUUUAUGUCCUUUUCUACAAGAAAAGAGCUAGCCCUGAAAUGGAAUCACACCGUAAACAAGUCAAAAUCCGAUCUCGAUCUGCUAGACAUGAAGGACGAGUACACAACGUGAACGAAACAAAGCAUUCAGCUGUCGGCUCAGCAAGAAGCAUGGAGAAUAUUGCUCAUGAAAAUUUAAUAUCCUCCCCGAGUGAUAGUCCGACUUCAGUAGCGGCGUCGACCCGAAGUCAAACUCGUAGUCGUCAGAGAAACUCGAAGUCAGUCUCAGUUGGCUCAGACACAAGUCAAUUCGGAGACAGAUUGAUGCAGUACUACAUAUCGAAGCACUGGUUGAACCGAUUCACGACAUUUGCGGACCCGGGACCGAUAACCAACUCCGAUUUCCUGUGUCAGCAUAGCAGAAUCCCACCACAGUAUGUGUCAGUGCUGGACAGUAUGGCUGAGGAAGUUCCAGGCGUGGUCUGGGAGUACCUCUCCACCCGCUUCAGAGGGGGUCCGGUGGUGAAUCAGUUGCACGUAUGUGCCAUCUGUCAGCAGGAGAAAGUGGCGCUAGAGCAGAAAAGAACGGCGGAAAGGGAGGCAUUUCAAAAGAUGAACAAUGAGUUUCGAAGUCAGAAGUGUCCGGCUGAGGCCUACUUGAUCGACAUGCGAUGGUACAAACAAUGGGAAGCGUUCGUCAGAGCAAAAGCAGAUCCACCUGGGCCGAUUGACAAUCACGCCAUACAACACAGAGGAGGACGCUAUUCAGUGUCAGAUUAUGACGUGGGUCAAAUCUCUUUUGAAACAUGGCGCUACCUGGUCGCAAUUUACGGAGGAGGACCCGAACUAGUACAUAGAAAUGAACGCUCCGUUUCCCCUUCUGACGUACAGCCAUCUACUAGUUGAUAAUCAUAAAACAGAGACGUCAAAUCGGCGAAUUAUUUCUCCGUGCUUGCUCGUCGAAUUUAAUUGUUAAAUCAACCAUGAAAACAGCAUAGUGUUGUUCUUCUCAAUUUAAAAGUUUAAUUGAGAUCAAUUUAUAUUCAUCAUUCACGCUGUUCAUCUGAAGCCUGAAUGACGCAGUUGACUUUUUAGGUGCUUCAGGCCAGCCAUGAUAAAAAAUAUUUUAUAUUCUUAUAUCGCAUAUGUUUCUUAAUAAAUUAUCAAAAAUUAGAUUUUGUUUUAAA